CUCCUGAAAUCCUGAAGCUGAAAUCUCCUCUUUUUUUUCUUCUUCAAACGUAAAAAGAUUGUUGUUGCAAAAGCUUCGGACAGGUGACGAGUGAGAUCCAGCCGCUGACCUCGCCAUGGUGUUGCCACCCCCAGACAAACGCCACGUGUGCCUGACCACCAUCGUCAUUAUGACCAGCAUGGCCUUCAUGGACGCCUACCUGGUGGAGCAAAACCAGGGUCCUAGAAAAAUCGGUGUUUGUAUAAUAGUACUGGUGGGGGACGUCUGCUUUCUCAUCGUGCUGCGAUACGUGGCGGUGUGGGUGGGGGCGGAGGUACGCACCGCCCGACGAGGAUACGCCAUGAUCUUGUGGUUUCUCUACAUCUUUGUUCUGGAGAUCAAGCUGUACUUUGUCUUUCAGAAUUGCAAAGCCGACAGAAAAAGUCUGGAGACAGUAGCGCGGAAGGCUUUGACUUUACUGCUCUCGGUGUGUGUGCCGGGUUUGUACCUGGUUCUGGUGGCUCUGGACAGUAUGGAAUACGUAAGAACUUUCCGCAGGAAGGAGGACAUGAGGAGCCGUCUCUUCUGGGUGGCUCUGGACCUCCUGGAUCUGCUGGACAUCCAGGCUAACCUGUGGGAGCCCCAGCGGACGGGGCUGCCCAUCUGGGCCGAGGGCCUCAUGUUCUUCUACUGCUACAUCCUGCUCCUCAUCCUGCCCUGCGUGUCCCUCAGUGAGAUCAGCAUGCAGGGGGAGAACAUGACGCCCCAGAAGAUGAUGCUGUACCCGGUGCUGAGCCUGGUCACCAUCAACGUGGUCACCAUCCUCAUACGUGGAGUCAACAUGGUGCUGUUCCAGGACAGCCGCGUCUCCACCAUCUUCGUUGGCAAAAACGUGGUGGCCAUCGCCACCAAGGCCUCCACCUUCCUGGAGUACCGCAAACAGGUCAAAGAGUUCCCGCACCCGCAGAACGCCAUGGCCAUGGAGCUGCAGCAGAACUCGGUCAGCCACCCGCAGCCGCUGCCCAACGCCACCACGCUGCCCCACGAACCCACACCGGCGCAGGACGUCAUCGACACAUGACCGCCAGCUCCGGACGGUGCGCUGUCGGAGAGAGUGACUGCCUUUGUACGGAGGCUGCGGAAGUGGAGGUGGAUAAAGAAAUCAGCCGCAUGACAGGACGGUAUUCUGCUCUUGUCAAGCCCCGUGGAACUGCUGUGAAACCAUUACAGAGAUUUUUCAGCAUCACCUGCCUGUCAGAACACACUGUAAACCUACACUUCGUCCAGUGCGGACCUCAAAAGAACCAAACUACAAAGACUGAAGUUUUUAUCGUGCCAUUGUGUUUUUAAUUGUUUGAAAGGAUUUCAGAAUUAAUUAAGAGACAAUCUUCAACAAAAGCGCAGCCCGCUGACAUUCUUCGGUGUAGGACUGGAGAUCGUUUUCCCGACUCAGUGAAUAAAAGCUUAAAUUUUAGUUUUUUUUUUUUUUUUUGGUUUUGUUUUUCUGAGUCACCUUUUUCCACAGUGCUUUUCGAGGCGUUUCCUUUGAAGUCCAGCACCAAAGGAAACGUGUGAGGCACAGGUGGAGAGGAGAAGCAGAGAGUGACAGCAGUCAGUCAAGUGAGGCUAUCAGGACGACCGACGGUGGCCAGAUAUUUUCGGUUUCUCCUCCUGUGUCUGGUUUCUCCUGAGGUGGAGGCUCGGCUGCAUCUGUCAGUGUGAUGCUUUACGACCCAGGGUCUGAUUAAAGCACCAACCACAGCAUCGACUGCAGGCGUCUGAGCGUGGGUUUUACUACACCGCGUGCGUGCGUGUGUGUGUGUGUGUUUCCUCUGGGGGUCUGCGUUAUUAUUGUUUCAGAAGAUAUGUGAGUCAUAAAGUGUAUGUGUGCCAGGUUUUGGCCAAAUUGAGACAAAAUGUGUUGAUGUGCCGUCAGAAAAUAACUGUGAUGAGAGAAAAGGUCGUUUGUGUUCAAUCCCUGUACUAUACAUUCCUCUAAAACUAGAUCGAGCCUUGAAGUCGGAGAACGCAGUGAAGGCCUCACCGAGGAACUGACGAGGGAAAAAUAAAGAUUAAAUGAAAGAGAAACAAACAGAAAAAAAGGAAAAAACACCAUUUCAAGAAAAGUUGGUAGAACUUUUUAGAUUUGUGAUAAAAAGAGAAGUUUUCAUCACCCUGACAAUUUAAUUGCUCAGAAAUGUCCUGUCCUGAACAUGAGCUUUUCAACCACUAGUAGUCACUGUUGUCCCAUAUUCUGAUUUGCUCUCCUUUAAAAACACGUUUGCUCCUUUUACGAACAAUAGGCAGACAAAAUCUUUGGAAGGUUUUUCAGAGAGGGGAAAGCAUUAAAUUUCCUGAGAUCCAUCCACAUGGUUGGUUCAUGAAAACGCAAAAAAACUGAACUGUUCUUGUCAAUAAACCAACCACAUUUCGUGAACACUCCAACCAACUUUUCUGGAAAUAGAGUUUGAACGUUUUUCUUCUGUUCAUUUCUGAUGUGAAUCAGUUAACUACAGUAAUUAUUAUUAUUAAUAUUAUUAUCAUUAAUACAAUUAUGUACAUUCUUUACAUGUUGGAGGUCCAUGACGUUUUAAUAAAAGACUAGUAAAGCAAACGGAGCUUCUCUUUCCUCCACUGUUGAUCGUGAUUCAGUGCACCAACCAGGUGACAGCAGCACUGCCGCAGAGCCAUCACUCUUGUAGACCCCACCGCGUUUUGCAUGGAGGGACGCGCACGACACAUAAAUAUUUAGGCCCAGCAGCCUCCUGGUGGACGUUAGUAUUAGUGCGGUCCUCCUCAGGCUGCACAUUAGCAGAGAGCCAGCUAAGGAUUUGUCUUAAAAUGAGAUAAGACUGCGUCUCUGUCCCCUCCGUCUCAUUAUCACCUCCACCGUUCCCGCCGUUUCUAAUCUGCCAGUCUAGUAUCAUAUUCACGGCUCAUGAAUUGUCUUGAUUUCUUCUCAGAGAAUUUUAUCAACUGACCCGAAUGCUGCGGCAUCAGGCGACAAGAUCAGCCACGUGUCCAAUGUCAUUUUUCUAAUUUAAGAUUAAAUAUGAUUGACUGUCUGACAGAGUCUGGAUGAACUGACUGUGGAUUUGAUGAGUGUUUCCUGCAGCGUAACAGAGAGAUAUUUGACGUUUUCUUUGUAAUGAAAAUGCACUUUUUAUAUAAAAAAUUAUUCUGGAAAAAAAAAUCACUGAACACCACCUAC